AGCUCUAACAUCUACAGGAAUCCUUUGAAACGAAAGUAAAACUUCAUACUGUGAUCAUUUGUCACGCCCAGUUUCGACCGGUUCGCUUGUUGUUGGAAGGUGUUAUUCCAGCUCAGUGCUCACAACAAACUGCUCAUCUCAUAACGUUAUCGGAGAACCGUCAGCUGCAAGUGCAACAUGUCCGAAAGCGGUGAAAUCGACGAAGGGUUCUACUCCAGACAGCUGUAUGUUCUGGGUCACGACGCGAUGCACCGGAUGGGCGCAGCCACCGUCCUCAUCGCAGGCAUGCGUGGUCUCGGAGUAGAAAUAGCCAAAAAUGUGAUCUUGUCCGGAGUGAAGUCCGUCACCGUCCAGGAUGAAGGACAGGCGGCGUGGACUGACCUGUCAUCUCAGUUUUUCCUGAAGGAGUCUCAUCUUGGUCAGAACCGAGCCGAAUGUUCCCUGCAACAGCUGUCUGACUUAAACCCGCGUGUAAGAGUAUCGGCCCACACUGGACCACUGGAUGACUGCUUGCUUCUGGAAUUCCAGGUGGUGGUCCUCACUGACUCCUCGCUGGAUGAUCAGAAGCGUUUUGGUGAACUCUGCCAUUCGCAUGGAAUCAAGUUCAUUGUAGCAGACACCAAAGGACUUUGUGGUCAGUUGUUCUGUGACUUUGGGGAGGAGUUCGAGGUUUUGGACCGGGAUGGAGAGACCCCUAGAUCUGCGAUAAUACAAACAGUAACUAAGGAGAAUCCUGGAGUAGUGCUGUGCACAGAUGACCAGAGACAUGGAUUUUCAGAUGGCUGCAAAGUUUCCUUCUCUGAAAUCCAAGGCAUGACGGAGCUCAAUGGCAUCAGUCCCGUUGAGGUCAAAGUCCGUGGCCCGUACUCUUUCAGCAUUGGCGACACAUCAGCCUUCUCUGACUAUGAACGGGGUGGAAUUGUGACUGAGGUUAAGGAGCCCUUCAAGAUAAAGUUUAAACCACUGAGUGAGGCUCUAUUGGACCUUAAGCUGCUGAUAAUGAAUGAUUAUGGAAAAAUGUCAAGGCACAAGACCCUGCACUUGGCUUUCCAAGCCCUCCAUAGCUUCGUGAAGAAAGAACAGCGACUCCCUCUUCCUCUGUCUCAGUCAGACGCGGAUGCCCUGCUUGACGUGGUGAGAGAGCUGAAUACAGAUGCACAGCUGGAAGAGCUGGAUGAAGCUGCUGUGCGAAACCUGUCCUACACAGCCCAGGGUGACUUGGCUCCUAUGAAUGCUUUCAUUGGAGGCCUUGCUGCUCAAGAAGUGAUUAAGGCAUGUAGUGGGAAAUUUACGCCUCUUCAGCAGUGGCUAUAUUUUGAUGCACUUGAGUGCCUCCCUGAAGAGGAGGACCGAUUGGCAGAGUGCUCCCUUUCAGCACAGAAAGGCACACGAUACGAUGGACAGAUCGCAGUGUUUGGGUCAGAGUUCCAGGAGAAGCUUCAGAGGCAGAAGUACUUCCUGGUUGGUGCUGGUGCUAUUGGCUGUGAGCUUCUGAAAAACUUUGCCCUCAUUGGGCUUGGUGCCGGAGAAGGACACAUCACAGUAACAGACAUGGACUUCAUAGAAAAAUCCAACUUGAACCGACAGUUCCUGUUCAGGUCUCAGGAUAUUGGGAAAUCAAAAUCGGAAAUUGCUGCCAAAGCAGUGCGGGAGAUGAACGCACAGAUGAACAUCACUGCUCACCAGAAUCGUCUUGACCCUGACAGUGAAGGAGUGUAUGACUACAACUUCUUCAUGGGUCUUGAUGGAGUGGCUGCAGCCCUCGAUAAUGUAGAAGCCAGGGUCUAUCUCGAUGAGCGGUGUGUUCACCACCGGAGGCCUUUGCUGGAGGGAGGAACUCAAGGAAGCCAGGGUCAUACUCUGGUGGUGGUUCCUGACCUUACAGAGUCUUAUGGGAAGGACACAUCAAGUUCUAGUAAUGCCAUCCCACUGUGUACUCUCAAGAACUUUCCUAACCGUAUUGAGCACACCCUGCAGUGGGCCAGAGACCAGUUUGAAGGGCUUUUUAAACAAACACCUGAAAAUGUGAAUCUUUUCCUGAGGGAUGCACGGUUUGUAGAGAGGACUCUUAGCCAUGGAGACGCUGAGGCCCUGGAGGUUCUUGGAGGGGUGUGGAGCUGCCUGGGGGACAUGAAAACUGGAGGACAGCGUCCAGCCAGCUGGGAGGACUGUGUAAUCUGGGCACGUCGCAAGUGGGAGACUAUCUAUAACAAUGAGAUCCGCCAGCUUCUGCACUGUUUCCCUCCUGACCAGGUGACUGCUGCAGGUCUACCCUUCUGGUCUGGAUCCAAGAGAUGCCCUCACCCGCUGACCUUUGACCCCAACAAUACAACCCAUAUGGAGUAUGUGAUGGCAACAGCCAGUCUGUACGGGCAGAUCUAUGGGAUCAACGGGCUUCGCGACUUUGCUUCUAUCAGAAAAAUCUUAGAGAAAGCACAUGUGCCAUCUUUCACUCCCAAGUCGUCUGUAAAGAUCCAUGUCACUGACCAGGAGAUGCAGGGGGAGAAACAAAAGGACAGUGAUGAUGCUGAAAAAGCACAACUUGAGGAGCUGAAAGGAAAGUUGGCUUCACCAUCUCUGAAAGACUCAGCCACACAGAUGUACCCCAUCGACUUUGAGAAGGAUGAUGACAGCAACUUCCACAUGGACUACAUCGUUGCUGCUUCUAACUUGAGGGCUGAGAACUACGACAUCCCUGCAGCCGAUCGGCACAUGAGUAAGCGCAUUGCUGGAAGGAUCAUCCCAGCCAUUGCCACCACCACAGCCGCAGUGGCAGGCCUGAUGUGCCUGGAGCUGUAUAAACUGGUGCAGGGUCACCAGAGAAUCAGCUCUUACCGUACAUCUUAUUUCUUCCUGUCUGUCCAGCAUUUUGUGUGGUCCCAGCCUCGCCGGGCACAAUCCUUCGAAGUCGCAGGAAAGAAAUACACCCUGUGGGAUGACUUCCUUGUUGAGGGCAGACGUGGUGGUCAGCAGGAAAUGACCUUGGAAGAUCUGGUCCAGUAUGUCAAGGAAAACUACAACUUGAGCAUCUGCACUCUCUUCUAUGGAACAGCUGUUAUAUACAAUGGACAGGAAGAGAGACUCAAAAUGAGUGUGUCUGAUGUGGUGAAGAUGGUCACCAAGACAGAUAUCCCUCCACACAAGAAGAUGCUGGAGUUGAUCCCUUCGUUUGUUGAAGAUGAAUACUGCGAGUUAGUCCCAAAUAUCAGAUACAUGCUGUUGUGAUGCCUUCAACACGAAGCCACAGGAUCACAUGGAUCUGCCUCAGUGCGACAAAACCAACUAAACACUGUGACAUGUAAUCAGUUAAAAACAAUCUGGUUUUGCUGCUUUAGUUAUUAAUUACAAAUGAUUUUUCUCCCCAGUAUUUAUCUUUUAUCUAUAUUUUGAUGUUCCAGGAAACUACAAAAUGUUUAAAGAUUAACAUCCAUUUCCUCAUUUUUUAAUUUUAUGGCAAAAGAACUUUGAACUUUGUUAUUUCCGUACUGUACCGUACCAGAAAGUUCUGCUAACUUGUAGGUUUUCUUGCACAUGUGAAAAUGUGUCUUGAGAGGUCAGGCUGAGGGGUCGUGAAGAUGCUUGCCAAGGCGUAUGGAUUAGAUGAUCUGCUGCUGUUAGGGCAGUGUUGGCCUGGUUUCAAACAUUAAUUCAGGUCAGACUGAGUAUGAUGUGGAAAGAGCGCACUCAGAACAGGCAGUUGGCACAGUAGGUACAGUGCUUUGACGAUUCAGGGUGCUCUUGCCAUCUGGACACAGCUGUCUCGUGUAAAUCCUGAUCCCAAACACAUGCAAACCCUUCGCUGCAAGAAGAAUCCCACAGCUGGUCAGAGUGGAGAAGCUGGACUCUACGAAGCUACGAAGCCUUCAUAUGUCCUCAGAUGGCUUUUUGGCAUAUCCCUCCCUUUUCCACAGUGUGUUUCAUUUCUCACUUUCGCUUUAGCAUCUUUACAAUGUUCUGCUCUCCCAGUUGUGAAGUGAAACUUGUCUUGAAGAAUCCUCUCUGUAAUUAUCACUGCAACUUCUUAUGGGUGCAAUUUAUUCACUGUUUUACUUGCCCUGUGGUUGGAUGUUUGUGAUGAAACAAUAAUGUAAUAAAUAUGUGUCUAUGAGGAA